UAAACAACCAGCUGUCUUUCAGUUUCGAUCUGUGUGGGUGAAACAGCAUGUUCUUGUUUGAUUGGUUCUAUGGUGUUCUUGCAUCUCUAGGCUUAUGGCAGAAGGAGGCCAAGAUCUUGUUCUUGGGUCUCGAUAAUGCCGGCAAAACCACCUUGCUUCAUAUGCUCAAAGACGAGAGAUUAGUUCAGCACCAACCGACUCAGUAUCCGACAUCUGAGGAGUUGAGCAUUGGGAAAAUCAAGUUCAAGGCUUUUGAUUUGGGUGGGCAUCAGAUUGCUCGCAGGGUUUGGAAAGAUUACUACGCCAAGGUGGAUGCUGUUGUUUACCUAGUGGAUUCUUAUGACAAGGAAAGAUUUGCGGAAUCAAAAAAAGAGUUGGAUGCUCUCCUCUCUGAUGAAUCAUUAGCCACUGUUCCAUUCCUUAUUCUAGGAAACAAGAUUGACAUACCGUAUGCGGCCUCAGAAGAAGAGUUGAGAUAUCACCUUGGUCUGAACAACUUCACCACUGGCAAAGGUAAAGUAAACUUGGCAGACUCGAACGUUCGCCCUCUCGAAGUAUUCAUGUGCAGCAUAGUUCGCAAAAUGGGUUAUGGAGAUGGAUUCAAGUGGGUUUCUCAGUACAUCAAAUAGGAAGCACUAGAAAGUAAAGACCAGUCUUCUCACUCUUCAUUGUUUCUUCCAGUUGCACUGAACUAUCAUUGUUGGAGAUACACUAAUGCUUCCUUUAUGUUAUCAUGAAAAAACAAACAAAACAUGCCCGAUCCAUGUUGUGAUGAGCAAAAGCAAUUGACCAUUUGUGCUCUGAUAACAAGAUUCAUCUUCGUUUAUAUUUUUA